GUUUCCUCCAUCCUGCCACCAGCACUUGCCGCCAGCACUUCCGUCUCGCCUUCUUGGUAUCCAUCCUCGAAGUAUUCAACACCAUCGUUGUAUUCAACACCAUCGUUGUAUUCGAUACACUCUCCGUCCUCACCUCUGCCUCCUCCGCAUCUCCCAUCACCGCCAUGAGCGACGCUCCCCUUGAUCUCACCUUGCCCCCGGACGCCAAUCUCUCGCAUCCAUGCAACCUGGGAGCCACCUUUGACCCAACUCUGGGAUACACCCCAUACUGCCCGAGUGGCCAGUCGUGCUAUCUCGAUCGCACAGGUGUUUUCUGCCAGACCACCAACCUUUAUCCGGGCUGCAUCCUCACCAACCGCUUGGCAGACGCUCUCGAUCUCGACAACAGCACGGCUAUUCCCCAUGGCACUUUUGUCGCCGUCGUCCCCGGCCAGAGCUCCUUCCUCUCCAGCGGGGAGUCUUGCUCGCUCUGCCCUGUCCCCCUCGACACUGGUAUCCGCAGCUCGAUCCACGCCAUCUCCAACGUCGACACCACCGUCUUGGCCCUCUAUUCCAACUGCAACGGCGGCCAGUUCUUUUCCCGCCCGAUCGCCUCCAACUCGUCCCUCAAGAACCAGGACCCCUUCUACUGCGAGCCCGCAGACCGAGUCUGCGUCCCCGUCAAGACUCCCGGCUCCUCCUGUCUCUUCAACCUUGAAUGCGACUACCCUGGCCUGUCGCACUGCGACCAGACGGGUGUCUGCGGCUCGCUCUCCUCCGCCAGCAACGGCACCAACACCAACUCCACAAAUCCCGGUAACGGUGACGGCCAGAACCUCCUUCCGCCCCUUACCCCGCGGACAAAGCCCCAGGGCCUCAGCUCGACGGCCCUGUCCAUCAUCAUUGUCUCGACCGCCUUUGGCUUCAUCGUCAUGGUCUUGGGCAUGUACUGCCUCUUCCGCAAGAUGGGUCGCCGCUCCGAAGAGCGUCGCAAGGGUGACAUCCGAUCCCGUCGCAUCCGAUCAUGGUCGCGGGGUUUCGAUUCUGCGAGCGGCUAUGGCAUGCCCGGCGCCCGAAAAUCUCCUCCCCGCCCAGCCUCCCCUCCCCUGUUGUCCAGGACGUCCCACGAUCAGCACAGCAGCAGCAGCAACGCCAACGCCAACGGCAACAACAGCACCGGUCCCAAAGUCACCUUUGCCCUGCCCUCUGGCGAUCUUGACCAGCCUUGAUUGGCUGUACUGGAGCAGCUGCUGACACAAAAUAUCCUGUCGCCUGCUUCCCGGGCUGGAAACACAUAUUUCGCCUUAUAUCUCUCCAGCACGAACGAUCCGAGCCGCUCACGAGGUUCUGCUCGUCCAACCAUCCUUGAUUCCUCUCCCGUGUUUGCUCGAUAUCGCUGCUGCCGAGGCGCCCAAGGUGGACGCUAGAUUAUCCACACGGUUUUGCAUUUGUCGUAUUUCUGUUGUCUAUUUUUCGUAUUUUUUAUUUUUUAUUUUCUGCUGUCUGUUGUUGCCGUCGACUCAGUCAGACUCCGUUCCCCACGCACAU